AUGCAAGAUAAAUCGAAUACAAAUUCAAGUGUCCAAGAAUCGUAUUCUCCAAAGAAGCUCGCAGAGGGAGGAGAGAAAAAGAAGAGAUCCAGAACUCGUAAGUACAGCGAUGCUCAACGCGAACACAAGUGCGAGUGCGGGAAGUCAUACUUGAGUUAUCCUGCCCUCUACACCCACAUGAAAUAGAAACACAAUGGGUAAUCUUUGAAGAACCUGGAUGAACAAAGGUUGGAAUCAACGUUUUCAGAGUCACAAACAUAGGACAUUUUUGCCACUCUUGCCAAUGCCUUAGGUAAGGAGGAAGAUAAACCGCAGGCUUCCUUGAAUAAUAUGGAUAUAUACGACCUUAUUAAUUGGGAAGUGUUGCUCUUAAUAAUGGAGACCGACAACAAGGACAUCAGAUUGGAUUACUAUCAUGAACUAAUGAAAUCGCCCCAACCUACUGAUGUAACUACUCCUCAAGAUGCUUUUAUUAAGUUUAUCCACGAAGUCAAAGGAGUCCUUAGUUUUGAAUAGAUGAAACUUAUCUUUCUCUUUGUGUACUCCUUUCGAAAACUUCUACUCGACUAUCCAGAAUGUCCGACUAGUGGACUGGUUGAAAAGGCCAACUUAUUAAUAUGUUUUCAAUUGGAUAAGGUACUCUCAAGCAUCCAAAAACUAUCAAAUCGAAAUUACAUUGUACAUCUAAGCAGAGUACCCAAUCUGAGAGAAACUAUGAUCCAAAUAGUACUUGGAUUUUGUAAUUGGCUAUAUGCUCGUCAUUUGACUGAUGACAAAUUACUCCUGAAGAGCGAUUCUGAUUGA